GGAAGAUGAUCAUCGUUGCAAUUGUGUUUAUCAUAUUAUGUGGCUAUGGCGCUUAUUGGGUUGCUGGUUCGAGACGAUUGGACAGAGCUACAGCAACGUUGCCCUUGCCACCUUCCUUUCCUCUAGUAGGAAAUGCUAUGUUUUUUAUCGGAAGCACAAAGAAAAUUUUAAAAAGCCUUAAAUAUAUCGCUUCGCUGGCACAGAAACAUAAAGGUGCAGUAAAAUUGUGGUUGGGACCAAAGUUCUACAUUGCGAUUGGAAACCCGGAAGAUGCCCAAGUAAUUUUAGAAAAUUGUCUCGACAAAGACGAGGUUUAUCGGGUUUUACGUCCUUGGCUUGGACGUGGACUCUUCAUUGCUCCACGUAAGUACCUACUUAUACCUGCUAACAAAUGUAAUUUAAACCCAAAUACAUUAAUUCAGUUGGACAGCCUCAGAGUGUCCUCGAUACUAUUUGGACGCGACAUCGAGUUUACAGAUGAGCAAUUAAGGGAACAUAUUGAUUCUAUCACGUUUGCCGGCAACGACACAACCGCUGUGGUCAUCGCUUACACCUUGGUAUUACUCGGUAUACAUCAGGAUGCACAAAAUAAAGUCUUGCAGGAACAAAAAUAUAUUUUCGGAAACUCAAAGCAAGGUUUAAAAGAAGAUAUUUUUAAAAUGAAUUAUUUGGAAAGAGUGAUCAAAGAAAGUAUGCGUGUUUACACGGUUGUCCCAAUUAUUUCUCGUAAUGUUCAUAAAGACAUUUAUUUGCCACACAGUAACGUGAUAGUCACAGCGGGUACCGGAGCGGUUGUGGGUGCUUUUGCAAUUCAUCAAUUGCAAUCUGUUUGGGGACCGAAUGCCAAUGAAUUCGACCCGAAUAGAUUUCUACCAGAACAUUCUGUUGAUCGAUAUCCUGCCGCCUUCCUUGCUUUUAGCUUAAGAAACUGUAUAAGUAGCAACUUCGGAAUGUUAAUAAUGAAGAGCAUCAUAUCAGGUUUUAUAAGGUCGUACAAAAUAGAAGCAAACGAAGUGGGACCUCUGAAAAUAGAAGUACUCUUAUUUCCCAUCAAUGGAAAUCAAAUCAAAAUAGCAAAAAGAUUGCCGUGAGAAAUUUAAAAUGGAAUUAAAAC